AAACCCCGACCUAAAUCGAUCCCUGAGAACAACUCGACCUAAAUCGCUCAUCUCUUGCACGAUUCUGAAAACUAAUCACCCCAUCUAUUUUCUGUUCAUGUUCUCCAUGUAUAGUGGCGCAGCCAGAAACUAAAUUGUUCAUUUGUGUUUGUGAGAUAAAUUACGUGUUCUUGAGUCGAAGCUGUAUUUUUGCUUUUGGCAGACAAAAGGUGGAAAAUAAAAUGGUGGAGACUCAUCUUGGGAACAGUAGCUUAGCAGCUCAAGAUAUGUCUGCCAUGAAAUAUCCCCAAGAUUCAGAUUGGGAUGAAUUUGGUAAUGAUUUCAAUUCAAUAGUGCUCCCAAACCCACAAAAAAUGGCAAUCCAUUUUCCUUCUCUGGCUUUAGUGUCAACACACUUUCAACAUAACCAUAUUUUGGUGGAAGAAUCAAACUGAAUCGAAAUCGAAAUGAGGGACGAGGACGGAGGUGACAAAACAAGGAGAGUGGUUUUUGUGACUGUAGGAACGACUUCUUUUGAUGCUCUUGUGAGAGCUAUGGAUUCAGAAAAUGUUAAGAAAGAAUUGUUUGCAAAAGGUUAUACCAAUCUUCUCAUCCAAAUCGGCCGUGGAUCCUUUCUUCCUACCAAGUCUGAAAGAGAAGGUUCAUUGGCUGUAGACUACUUCACUUUUUCUUCCAGUAUUGCAGACCAUCUCAGAUCUGCUUCUCUUGUAAUAAGCCAUGCGGGGUCAGGCAGCAUAUUUGAGACACUGCGGCUACGCAAACCGUUAAUUGUGGUUGUAAACGAAGAUUUAAUGGAUAAUCAUCAAAGUGAGCUUGCAGAUGAACUUGCCAACCGAAAACAUUUGUAUUGUGCUAGUCCUCAUACACUCCAUCAAACUAUAUCAGAUAUGGAUUUAAAUUCUCUCCUUCCUUAUACUCCAGGUGAUGCUACACCAGUGGCCAAUCAUAUAAACAGAUUCCUUGGUUUUCCUGAUGAUUGAUCUUAAGGCUUUCCUUAUCUUCUGGUUUAUUAUAGUACGAGCUUGAUAUUCGGGUAUUGCUGAAAAUUGAUAUAUGAUAUUUGGAUUCAUGCAUCUCUGAGAGAUAGUUGUUGGGUUACUUUUUCCAUUUUCUCCCUUUUUUUUAGGGUGAUAUCCAUUUUCAUCAUCUUCUGGAUAAGCUUAAGUGGUUAAGUGAAUUGUACUCUUGUCACUACUGAAUAUAUGUUUCUUUUGAUAA